UCUCACACUAACAGCUUCUGUUUAUUGAUUCCUUUUUUGUGGGCUCUUUCUGUCUUUCUCAGGGUUGUUUUGAGGUCAGAUGUCAUCUAUGAUGAGGCCGUAACAGAAGCUUUUCCUGAUUGUUACCAGAAUGGCCACUGCUAAGAAAGCGUCGUCUAAGACGGGGGGUGUUUGCUUCGCUGAGGAACCUGCUGCAGCCGCUCACUCUCAUGUGCAUUUUGACGAGAAACUGCACGACUCCGUCGUCAUGGUGAUCCCCGAGUCGAACGGGAACUUCCUGGUGAAGGUGGGCUUCCUGAAAACACAGCACCGAUAUGAGAUCGUGUUCACACUGCCUGAGAUGCCAGAGCUCGGGAAAGACGUGUGUCCAGCCCCCAUCCCCAAACCUCACCUCCGUAUCACUAACAUAACACCGUCCUCAGAUGGAGGUCUGAGGGUGACUUGUGAAUAUAUGGCCCAUCAGGAGGGAGUGAUGUGUGAGGAGGUGCAGAUUCUUAGCGAGAGCAAAGAGGAGGCGAGUGUGAAGGUCAAAGUUCAUGCUCGUGUCAUGGACCGUCAUCAUGGCACUCCGAUGCUGCUGGAAGGCGUGCGCUGCAUAGGAGCAGACCUCGAGUAUGACUCCGAGCAAAGCGACUGGCAAGGCUUCGACUAAACGCCUGAACCUCACAGGCUUCCCAAUCAGUGCCACAUAUCUCGUGUCGGCAGUGACAGAAUAUUCCAGAUUCUGGAAUUCUAUUGUCAGUGUCUCUGCUUUCUACUCGCCGCGUUUGGAAACAAACUGUGGUUACUAGCUUGUUUUUACUGUUACAAUGGAAUGCAGGAAUGAUCUAUCGUUUACUGUAGCUCUCUGUGAUUUGUCGUUUUUCAGGUUUGGAUUAAAAAAACAACAAUCAAACGGUGUGUGUUUGCUUUAACUGAAUUACAGUGUUAUGACGGACUGUUUCUUUUAGACAAAACAAAUAUAAUAUGCUCUUAUGUCUGUGUUUCUGCACUGUCUUGCUCCAAUCUGAUGUGAAUCUAACGUUUUUAACUAAUUCUAGGAGUGAUGCUUGUGCUCACUGUGAAUCAGCCUCUUGUUUGUACCGGUAGGAGGCGCUGCUGACCACAAAAUCAAUCUUUCAUGUUUCACCAUGGCAUCUUGGCUUUUAAAGUUUGAAUGUUUUGAUUCAUCUACUGAAAUGAAUUUGAGAAUUUGAGAAUUUGAUUUACUCAAAAUCAUUUUACAUCCAGCAAAUGUUGGAGAUUUUAUCUGCCCUGAUAGAUUUUUAAUGAGAUCAUCACUUUAAGGGCUGUUCAUUCAUCUUUUGUGUCUGUUUUGUUGAGCCAAAGUGCCUGAAUCACGUGUUUGUAGUGUAUUUGAUUGAUGCCAGCAUGUAAAUCGAGCUAUUACACAUUGAAUAUUGACAGCCUUAUUCCAGCAUAGUAUUGUAUGUCUAUUCUUAACUCCAUUUUACUGCUUUUAUGAGGUUUCUAGAUCUCUGUGAAAGUUAAUGUCUUUUCAAAUGGAAAUUCUAAAUAAUUUCUCCCAGAGCAAAUAAUGUUGCGGUCUUCACUGUCAACGGUUGGUUUCUUGUCUUGCUGUCAUUUUUUUGUUGUUGUUGUUUGUUUUUUACUCAAAAAACAAAUAAAAUUCACUUGUUGAUCCCAAA